AUGCGAGCUUCUUGGUGGAUCGGGAUCUGGGCUACAUUCCUUCCCCCAGUGUUCUCGAUAGAUACUGUACCUUUCUCUGCGCCUGAGCAUGUUGAAUCCAAACGGGCCUUUGAAGUACUGCAAAUCCUAAGACGCUCGAUCGACAACUGCCCGAGCGGAUAUAACCCAUGCACCAGCCUGGGCAACUCAGACGCCUGUUGCAUACAGGGCACGAACUGCUCACGCGAUUCAGCCAACAACAUCGCCUGUUGUCCGACAGGGGCUAAAUGUACAGGUAUCCUGAGUGGCACAUCAACAAGCGGAGCCUCAGAGACGGGCACCAGCUUUAUAUUCCCGAAUGGCGCAACGGCAACGACCACGGCCGCUGGUUCAGAGAGCUCCACGGCCUCGACCGUGUCUGGAGCCUACCCAUUUAUCUACGUACCAACAACUUUCUCCAACCCUGCAGCCUGCUCUUCAUACUACUCGCUCUGUCAGUCCGAGUAUGCGCAGUGCACCGGGGACUUGAUGGGCCGCUACCAAGUGACGGUAGGUGGAGGCGGGGCUGGCGUGACGGUAGAGGCGGUCACUGCAUCGUCGCAGGCCACAUCCAUCUGCUCGAGCCUGAGCGCAAAUGCCUGCCAUGGACUCAGUCUGGGCUAUUGUGCUUCAGUGGCGACGGCUACGGCGGACACCGCCAGUGGGAAUGUAGCUAGAUCGAGUCGGACGACAAGUCUGCAGGAUUUGAUCUUUGGCUUAGCUGUGGGGGUAGCGGGUGUGUUUAUCUGA